AUGGCUGCUUCGGUUCGAAAGACUCGCCAGGAGACUGGAGCUCAGCUGGCUCACAGACACGUCUUCGGCUUCAAGAGCGGCGUCAAGGGCAACGUGCACUUCACGGAUGACGCACACCUCCUGUACCCUGCAGGGCACAACACCAUCCUCUACCAUGCGGAUCACAAGAGUCAGAUCAGAGUCUUUCCAGGCUCCGAGGGCAGCGAGGGCAUUAGCAGUUUAGCCUUAAGUCCCAACCGGAAGUUCCUGGCAGUCUGCGAGAAGUUUCAGGAGCGCGCCGUGUGCUACGUCUACGACGUCACCACGGGCAAGCGGAGAAGAGGUCAGCUCACCUACGGCGAGUGCGAUGCCCGGGAGUACGUGUGCGCGGCCUUCUCGGCGGAGAACAAGCUCCUCAUCACCCAGGGAGGCCCACCAGACUGGACGUUGAUCCUGUGGUCCUGGGACAAGGCGAAGGCCCAUGGGGCCGUGAAGGUCUCCAACCUGACGGGCAGCAUGAUCCAUGAGUGUUCCUUCAAUCCACAGGAUUCCUCCCUAGUGUGCAUCAUCGGAGAUGGCGUCUUCAAGUUCUUCCGGCUCCAGGAUGGCACCUUCAAAGGGAUCCCGAAUCAGCUCAAUAAGAUGCGAGAGGCGUCGAAUCAGAACUACAUUUGCCACACCUGGCUGAAUGAUGACCGCCUGAUUGUCUGUAGUGAAGCUGGAGAUGCCUUGCUCUUCGACAGCGGGGGUGAGUUCAAAAUGGUGCUUCCCUGCUCGCCUUGUGAGCCCCGGUCCCUGCUUUGUGUGGCCUCCUUUAGCCGGGGCUUCAUCGCAGGUGGUGAGAAGGGCGUGGUCACCUUCUACGAGAGGAGCGAUGACGCCAAGGAGACGAGCCUGCUUCGUGGGGCGAGGGUGAAGUUGGAUAGCUCCAUGUCUGGUCCAAUGAUGCCCAGCGUUGGAGCCGUGACCGCGAUGACGGUGAGCCCCGCGGAGGAGACGGUGGCCAUUGCCACGGGGAGCAAUCAGCUGCUCACGUUUUCGCUGAGCCCAACAGACAUCAUGAAGGCGGAGGAGGGCAAUGUGGACUUCGCACUCACCUCCUUCCAUACCGGGCCGAUCUUUGGCCUGGACGUUUGUGUCCGAAAGCCGCUGGUGGUGACCUGCGGCACGGACAAGACGGUGCGCAUUUGGAACUUUGUGGAUCGAACGCAGGAGCUCUGCAAGGUCUUCAACGAGGAAGCCUUUUCCGUGGCGUUCCAUCCUAGCGGCUUCCACCUGAUCGUUGGCUUUGCGGACAAGGUGCGUUUGAUGAACCUCCUCAUGGAAGACUUCCGCACCUACAAGGAGAUUCCCAUCAAGGCCUGCCGAGAGACGCGCUUCAGCCAUGGGGGCCAAUUCUUCGCCGCCGUGAACUCGAACACCAUCCAGGUGUACAAGACCUACACCUGCGAAGUGGUCUGCAACCUCCGAGGACAUCAAUCCAAGGUGAAGGCGGUCUGUUGGACCAGCGACGACUUCCGCCUGGUCUCCUGCGGCCAAGACGGCGCCGCCUACGAGUACGACAUCCUCAAGGAGGGCCGCCGCGUCUCGGAAGCUCGGCCCGGCACCGGCACGGCCAGGGAGUGGUCCCAGAAGGGAACCAACUUCGCGAGCAUCGUCUCACACACGGACUUCGAAGCUGCCACGCCCGCCACCACACUCUACGUGGCCGGGUCUGACAAGAUGCUCAAGGAGGUGCGUGAGAGUUCGCUGACCAACUACCUGGAGUCCAACGCGGUCCUGGGACAGCUGGCCUUGGCGCCCUGCACCCAGGCGCUCAUCGCCGGAGUGGCCGAGCAGGAGCUGCCGGGUUCCUUGCGGUGCUACACCUUCCCGUUGACCGGGGACUACGUGGAGUACCAGGCGCAUGCGGCGCCGGUGUCGCGGAUCCGCAUCACCUGGGAUGAGUUCCGCGGUCGAAGGAGUGGAGGGAGCGCUGAGACCAGACCGCUGUACCUCUUCAGCACGGGCGACGACGGAUGCCUGUGCAUUUUCGACAUCAAAAAGAAUGGGCCACCAAGGAAGGAUAAGGACUUUGGCCUUGGCUAUGCAGAUGAAAUCCUGGUGACGCGGCAGUUCUUGGACGAGAAGCAGGCGACCCUCUUGGAGUUCGAACGCCGCGUCGAGGAGCUGGAUUCGCGGAUCGCCUUUCAGUUGCGCCACCGCGAUGGGCUGCACAAGGAGAAGAUGGCGGAGAUGCAAGAGAAGUACAGUGAGGAGAUCGAGACGGAGAGGCGGAAGUUCGAGGUGCUGAGGGAAGAGAAAGCGGAGAUGGAGAUGGAGAAUGAAGAGCAUGUGAAAACCUUAGAAGAGAACCAUGCUAGAUAUCUCCAAGAGCAACAAGAAUCCUUUGACCAGAAGAUGAUUGUGGAGGAUCAACGAUACAAGAAGCUCGAAGCUGAUUUGGAGCGCGAAAAGCAGGAAUGGGAUGCGCAACACAGCGCCCUUCUGGCCGAACAUGCGCAAGUCAUCGAACAGAUGAAACAAGAUGCUGAGAAGAUUCAGAGGGCCAACAGGGAGACGAUGGAUAGGGAUAUCAAAGAAAAGGAGAUGGCCUUCAAGCAGCACCAAGAGACCCUGGCGCAGUUGGAGCAGGAUGCAGAUCGAGAGAUCGAGGAGCUCAAGGAGAUGUACGAGCAGAAGCUCACUCAAGAGAAAGAUGACAAGGUGAGAUUACGAGGCCAAGCAGGCAUCCAUCAAAAGUACCAUCACGACUUGGCGGGUGAUAUGAUGGAGAUGGAGAAGGAUGUGAAGGACAAGGCGGAGGAAAGCCGCAAAGCUGAAGAGAGGAUCCUGGCCUUGAUGAAGGACAAAGACUCCAACGAAAAGGAGAUCAAGGAGCGAGAUAAGACCAUUGCGGACAAGGAGCAGAGGAUCUUUGAUCUCAAAAAGCAGCCACCUGGUCGCAACGAAGCGCAGAUCGAUCCGAAGACGGCGGACAUCGCCUCGAUGAAGACGCAGACGAGAGCCAUGGAGGACGAGCUCAACGAUUACAAGUUGGUUGAACAGCCCGCCCUGGUCGCUUUGCGGAUCGGAUUGCGGAUCGGAUGGUGGUGUAAGGCCCUGCAAAUCUCCCAACUGCAGAUGAAGCAGAGGGCGUUGCAGGAGGAGGGGGCUCUCAGCACUGCGAUUCUAGCAGAGCUUGGGAAAAAGCAGAAGCUUCGAGAAGACUUGGCUCUCAUCAAACGCUUCAAGCUCGACUUGAGCGACUGCUUAGAGACCAUCUCGGAGCCCAAGGCUCUGAAAGAGAGCGUCACUGCCCUCUAUAGGACCCGGCACGCGGGCUACGUGGUGGAUCCUGAGAAAUAUGUCCAGGGCGGUGCCAAAAGGCAAGACCUGGAUACCGACAUGCAGAAGGAAUACAAUAGGCAGCGGGACUACUUGGAGAAGUCCGUGGACUCCCUGAAGCGGAAGUUGGAGAAGGACAGCCAGGCCCACCGCAUCGACAAUAUGCGCAUCAUGCAGGAGAACGUCUCGUUGAUCCGAGAGAUCAACGACCUCCGGCGGGAGAUCAAUGCGCUGAAGCACGAGCGGCAAGCGCAGGACGACCGGACGAGCACGUGCGAGCAGCCGCGGUGGGGUGCCGGUGUUGGUGUAGCUUCCAGGCGCGGUGGGUGUGGAAUCCAGUUGGUCUGGCUGGUUCCAAGCAUCCCUGGUCCACCAUGUGGGUCAACCGGUUGGUCUCACCACAACCAAGUGGCCCGGAGCUUUGGAGCGACUUACCGGAAAAGGGGGGGGCUUUGCACCUGA